AUGCAGCCUCGGACACAGCCCUUAGCCCAGACCCUACCCUUCUCCCUCGGAGGGGCCCUACGAGACACUGGGCUCCGGGUGCCUGUCAUGAAGAUGGGCACAGGGUGGGAGGGCCUGCAGCGGACCCUGAAGGAAAUCGCCUACAUCCUCCUCUGCUGUUGGUGUAUCAAGGAGCUGCUGGACUAA